AUGGGAGCAAGGUACAUUUUCCCCAACAUGGAAAAUAGAUUUAGCAGAGAAUUCUUAAGUGAACCAUACCAGCCAUGUUGUCAAGAUUGGUUUCGUGGCCCUUCCAACACCGCGUUUGUGUCAAAUCCAUCCAGAGCUCCGGAUUUCAACCCUAUUGAAAACGUAUGGGCAGCCAUGUCAAAAUACAUGUAUGAAGACCACACUCGUAAUCGUGGCGCAGUCGUCAAUAAUGCCUUGCAAGCGUUGGAACGUCUAUGCUUGAAGCCUAUUGACCAGAUGAAGUUCUUGUUGAUGUUGGCUUUGGCUGCUGCGGCUGUUGGGGAGCAUCUCCAUGGUGGACACAAGCAUUCCAGUUCCAAUGGUGUCCCGGUGGACGACAGGCAGGGCGACAGCGAAUACCACUUCUCGUGGCGCCAUGACGGCCGCAAGACCUACACGUGGGAUGGCGCUAACCAGUACUGCGGCAACCUUGGCUCCGGCUGGCAGGGCAUCAGCAUCGGGACUCACCAAGAGGACAGUCUCGUCAGGAACGCAAUUAUAGAAGAUAAGCUACCAUGGAUUUGGACCUCAGGUCAUAUCAGGAACCACGGCUUCGCCUGGGCUUCAGGUGAAGAAUUCGUGGGUCUGAACUGGUCUCACACCGGCGGGAAUCAUCGACCACAACCAGACAACCGAGAGGGGAACGAGCACUGCCUGGGGGUUCUCAACAACGUCUACGGCGACGACAUCAAGUGGCACGACAUCGCCUGCCACCACGACAAGGGCAUCAUCUGUGAGCGCAAAGUCCAGGUUCAUGGAUGAGCACAUACACAUAGACAGACACAGUGAUGCACGUACAUCAGUGUGUAGGUAUACGUAUAUGUAUUAAUUUAUAGACAUAUAAUAAGCCCUUAUUUAUAAAGACUUUAUUGCCGUUCUCGACUGAACAGAAUUG